AAGAAAGAAAAAAGCCAAAAUAAAAAGUAUUAAAGCAGCAAUAAGAAAUGUACAUGUAGCUUUCACAUUCCCAAGUGGUGAAAAUAAUUUUAUUUUCAGGACAAAGUGAGUCUUGAUGUAUUGGGAAUCAUUACAGAGAGUGGAAUACAGACGGAAAUACAGACCACACUUUAAUUUAACUCACAUCACAUCACAUCACAUCACAGAACCACUGAGGCAUCAUGGAUAAAGAAUAAACUUGUUGGCUUGUUAAGAGAAGUUUCACACUUCCUGUAAAUACCUUAAUUACAUUUCACUUUGUGCCGUGGCCUUUCAAUCCAGGAUGUAGAGGUUAAUUAACAGCAUGUACAACCUGACAAUCCCUUAAGACCAAUUUGUUAAUUUGACAAUAGGGUUAGUGGUGCGGUAUAAAGACCACUCUGCUCACUCCUGACUCCCGUGUCAACCAACACUGUUGGGUUUUUCAAGAGGAAAGAAAACCACAGGAAAAAGGAAAACCCAAGAAGAUGGGCUGGGACGGAGGAUUUGAGCCCAAUGGCACCGAGGGCAAGAACUUUUACAUCCCCAUGUCCAACAGGACCGGGAUCGUCAGGAGUCCUUUCGAAUACCCUCAGUAUUACAUGGUAGACCCGAUAAUGUACAAACUUUUGGCUUUCUACAUGUUCUUCCUCAUCUGCACCGGAACACCCAUCAACGGACUGACGUUGUUCGUCACGGCUCAGAACAAGAAACUCAGGCAACCUCUCAACUACAUCCUGGUCAACCUGGCCGUGGCCGGACUCAUCAUGUGCGCCUUCGGAUUCACCAUCACCAUCACCUCCGCCUUCAACGGCUACUUCACUCUCGGAGCCACCUCCUGUGCACUAGAGGGUUUUCUCACCACAGGUGAGGUUGCUCUGUGGUCUCUGGUGGUCCUGGCUGUCGAGAGGUACAUUGUCGUCUGCAAACCUAUGGGAAGCUUCAAGUUCACUGGAGCCCACGCAGCAGCCGGAGUCGUUUUCACCUGGAUCAUGGCCUUUUCAUGUGCAGGACCCCCCCUGUUUGGCUGGUCCAGAUACAUGCCCGAAGGCAUGCAGUGCUCCUGUGGACCUGACUACUACACUCUGGCUCCAGGCUUCAACAACGAAUCAUACGUCAUCUACAUGUUUGUCGUCCACUUCUUCGUCCCUGUCUUUGUCAUCUUCUUUACUUAUGGAAGUCUGGUGCUGACAGUCAAAGCUGCUGCAGCCCAGCAGCAGGACUAAGAGUCCACCCAGAAGGCCGAGAGGGAAGUGACACGCAUGUGCAUCCUGAUGGUGUUCGGCUUCCUGAUCGCUUGGACACCAUAUGCCACCUUCACUGGCUGGAUCUUCAUGAACAAAGGUGCUUCCUUCACUGCCCUGACUGCAUCCAUCCCGGCCUUCUUUGCCAAGAGCUCAGCCUUGUACAACCCAGUGAUCUACGUGCUGAUGAACAAACAGUUCCGUAACUGCAUGUUGAGUGCGAUCGGAAUGGGCGGCAUGGUGCAGGAUGAGACCUCAGUCUCUGCCAGCAAAACAGAAGUGUCCUCUGUUUCUACAGCAUAAGACAUUUUCAAUAUCAUGGACAUUUUUCUUCCUGCAGUUGUUUCCAUCAGGAGUUAUCCCCAAGAUGGACUGACUGGGUUUCAGGGAUGGAUAAAUUACAUGACAAACGACUACAGGGACCAAACUCACAGGCUGCAUUUUUUCAUCCUUUAUUUGAAGGAUGUUGAAUGUUGAUGUGAAUGAUCUCAUAAUCAACUGGAAUACCCCAUGAUGGCACACAGAAAUAUGUCUUAUCACGAUAUCACCCAAUAUUCAAAAAUAUACUUUAUAUUCUGUAUGUGUUGACUUUAACAUUAUGAAUGGCAAAAAUUGUAAAUAUAAAAAAAUGUGUAGAUAAAUAAAUGCAUUUAUGAAAAGAC